CCCCUAUUACCAGAUCUCUACUUUCAACCAGUCGCCUCUGCACGAAUUUCCAUGUACUGGUUCAAACAACACCAUCCGAAUCAACAGAUUCAACCAGGUGCUCCCCCUGAAUGGGCUCCCGCGGUAGAGCAAUCACGCACAUAUGGUCUUCAGAACGAAGCCUCAGAUGAAAGUUACGAGAAAGCUCUGGAGUUCUGUGAAAGAUAUCCUGUAGAAUCGUCAAAAAUUCUCCCCUCUCGAACCAUCGCAGAUAUCGACAACAAUGGGUGUUUAGAAUGGCGAAUCCAAGUUGAUGGCUCUUCCCCUACCGCUGUAGUCCAUAAUCCAAACGGGAAGGGUGGACUCUCGCAGAUACGCUCGAGAGCAGGUUGCCCAGAUACAUGUCUCCUCAGUAACCUGCCAAUCGUCGCUGGUCAAUAUCACUUUCCAGAUGAUGGUGGAGUAUACUUCGAGAUUACUGUGCACAAAAUGACAGACCCAACCAAAGGCGGCGUAAUUGCAAUUGGAACUGCCUGCAGACCAUACCCCUUGUGGAGGCUCCCCGGUUGGAACCGACUGAGUGCAGGCUUUCACCUCGAUGACUUCCACAAGUUCUUUGAGGACGCAGAGGGCGGACGCCCCUGCUUCCCAGGUUCUGCACCCCUCACGUCUGUCGUUGGCCACACGAUCGGUUGCGGAUAUUCCUUCCACACUGGAACAAUGUUCUUCACGAUCGAUGGUCAACGCCUGCCAGAUGCGUUUACUGGCAUAUACCUGCAGAACCGCAGCGGGAUUGAUGUGUAUGCUGCUGUGGGUGUGUCUGGGGAGUGUGACGUCUCGGUAAAUUUUGGUGGUACGUCUUUCAAGUGGCUGGAAGGAAAUGAGUGGAGGUGGAAGGUGGAAAGACAGAUGAGGAAGCUUGGAGGUGAUAUUGGAGAACAGGAGGAACUGCCGGCGUACAGUGCACAGGGAUAACGCUAGUACAUCUUAUCAUUUCUUGGAUUGUCACUAGCCUAGACAGAUGCCGGACCACCAAAACGGACUACUAGUCGUCUCUUCAACUACCAGUUACAGCUGUGAUGUCAGUUUCGGUCAGCUUCAGUUUGAAAUGAAAUGAUGUUUCAAACGCACGAUAACAAAAGUCCAAAGCAUAUCGACUCGCAUUAGAUUUUUCAUCUUUCCUCCUUCUUUAUCCUUAUCCGCGACUCCUAGUGCUCCUCCAGCAGGCUUCCAUCGAGUUUCCUUCAUCCAGUGCAGUUAACACGGGGCUUCUUAGCAACGUAUCUUACGGAACGUUUGCCACAGCGCAGUGCCGCUGGAGUCU